AUGGCGAGGGUUUUCAAGAAGAGAUUGUUGAGCAAUCAGCCAUGGAUGAAAAAGAGAAGAAGACGAGAGAGAUCAAGAGAUGAUAAAUCACAGCCAAACCAUAUUCCUCUUGAUCUAGCAUUGGAUAUAGUCUCAAGGCUUCCUGCGAAAUCAAUCAUGAGAUAUCAAUGUGUCUCGAAGCUGUGGUCUUCUUUUAUCACACUUCCGAGUUUUAUCAACUCCUUCACGUCUCGGUCCACUUCACGAUCACCAACUCUUCUUGUCACCUUCGCAUCUGGUUGGAUAAGCAGAUUUGUUUUCUCGUUUCCUCAACACCAUAUUCCUGACGGGUCGACUUGUUCUCCAAUCUACAAUGCACAUGGACACAAAUGGACACGUGAAAGCUUUGUUCUUCAUUUACCAUAUGAGAUCGUACAGAAGUAUUAUAUACAAUUCUGGGGUACUACAGAUGCUGGCGAGUUUGUUUUUGCUCCGUCUGAUUUCUAUGAAACGUUUUAUACUCUAUAUUUGGAUCCGAGGAGAAAAAGUAUUAGAAAAGUCUUUUUUGAAAUAAAUAUGGAUGACCUUAGACGCCGUUGUGGACUUGAUAGCAUUAACGGCAAGUCCACCUUGCAAGUUUUCCCAAAUCACAUCGAGAGUCUCUUUUCUUUGUAG